CGACAACCGGCCUGCAAACGUGUUCAAGUGGAUUGAUUAGGCUUUUUAUAUCAAGGUACAGGCGUGGGUUGCUAGUCGUGCAGAAUAUAUUUCAUUGCUUUUGCCUAUAGAAUGUAUGAGCGAAGUAGACUUUUCGAAUGUACCGUGAUCUAAUCAAGAAAGACGAAGCAACGUGGCGCUGGACCUUCUUCUUUGAUAGAGUUUGUUAGAUUGAUAAUUUACAAUACAAGUGCUUCGAAGUGUCAACAUAUGCAUCUAGUAUUCAAUUAAUAGUUCUGAUAUAGAAACGAUUCGAGGAAGUACAUUUUGGAAUUGAAACAUUACAUCAAAUUUCUACGACGUGCACUAACUACUUAUAUUAUAGUGUUUUCAAAGGUGUAAGUGCACCCUGACACAUAUGCAGAUGGGAAUAAGUAUUGAUAAAAAUAAAAAUUACGAUAAUUUCACUCCACACAGUGUGUUUAGAUGUAUGGGUGUAAAAAAUUGUCGUUUCUAGUAGUCGAGCUAAGAGGAUACCAAAGCCGGAAUCAGACAGUGAUGAUCAAUUUGAAGUUCUUACGAUUGGAUGUACAUGAUAGUGAUAAAAUUUGUGCAGCCGUUUGAUAGCGUUAUCAUGGAGGAUCUUAUUCAAAUUGUUUGAUGUGAAAUACUACUAAAAGAAUAGUUCAAUUCUGCCAUACACAGAUCUUGGGUUCACUUGGAGUCAGCGCUGUCUGCUGUUUGUGUCGAGAAGUGUUACGAUCGUAGCUUGAGUCUGCUUAGAACCAAUCACGCGCUCAACCAAACCAGCAGAACAACACUUUCUGGCGUUUGUGCAACAACCGGUCACGAGACACCGAUGUAUAUAUACAUACCUAUGAAAAUCGAGUUGAAAUAAACAAACUCCCGGGAGUCUAAGAAGCACUGUGUGGUGAAAGGAAAAAACUGUAGCGGCAGAAAACAAAUUUUUCGAUAGAAUUACGUCAAUAGAAUUGAUUUUUAAUGGAUUCCAACGUGGAUGUAAAUGAUUUUAGUCUGAAAGCUGAUAGCUGUAGUGAAGACGUGGCAACAGCAUGCUGUCGCUAGCAGUGUGAAGUGAAACAAAAAUAAUAAAAUAUUGUUUUAUUCGGUUGGUUAGUUAGUAUUUGUGCUUGUAUGGAAAUCGAAGAUUUAUCAGUUGAAACACAGUUGCAAAUUUGUGUUCCUCUGCCGGUGACACAGCCGGUCGCCUGGAGGCGUCGGAGCUGUACAAAUCAGAUAACAUUCGGCCAAUGCUUUCAGCGGUAGAGAGCCUAGGAUCCGGCCGGGUCUAUUCCCAUCCGUUUCCAGGGACAACAGCAUCUUCACUUCUCGGCCAGCUUCCACUUUCGGCUGCCGGCCUACCGUUGCUGGGUCCAAAUUUGGUCGACAUGUCGGUGGCUGAAUUUGCCCGACCCUAUCCGAAACAACAGAGAUACAAUGAAGCAACUCGAAACGGAUUAUUAUCAUCGACGAGAACUAAAUACUCAGAUCCGCCCCAAUCACCUCAGACUGGUCCAGUGAACUUAGCUGUCAGUCCAAACCUGCCAAAUCCUCACAGCGCGCAGUCGCUAAAUGCUGCUAAACACAACCACUACAACCAUGAGUUUCACGAACGUACUUUGCAAGCUCAAACACGCACUCAGCAACAUCUCCAACAGCAACAACAAAUGCAACAGCAACAGCAGCAGUUUCAACAACAGCAGCAGCAACAUCACCAUCAGCAACAACACCGGCAUCAAGAGCAGCAAAAAGAAGCCGCGGUAGCUGCUGCUGCAGCUGCUGCUGCCGUGGCUGAUAUUGGAAAGCUGUACUCCCCUACCAAUCCUCGUUUGGCUUUUUUCCCUAGUCCUUUGGAUGCCAAUUCCUUUCCUGGUCUAAACUAUGGACUUUAUCCGUUUGGAUACCCUUCAGCACAUUUGGACGCGCGAAUCUUAGGACGACCCACGUACAUGCCGGGACAACGGGAACCAUAUAAUCCAUCGUCUUUUCUUGCUCCAAACACAUUCAAUUCACCAGAGAGCAAAGCCAAAAUCUAUCCACCAGUUUCCUUAACUAAUUUGAACAGCCAUGGCGGCAUGAAACCUACCUCUCUUCCACAAUUACCUCAGGACAAAUUACUCUCUGAUGAGAGAAGUCCCAAAAUGUCAUCAUCUCCAUCGUCGUCAGCUUUGAUUGGGGCUUACAAAGAUCGAGAACUUGGCUACCUGAACGGACUGACGAAUGUUCCGGAGCAUUCACUUCUUAGCAAGUAUAAAAACAGUCAUCCAGCACCACCUGAGAAGGAGAACAAAUAUGAGCACAAGUCACUGCAGCAACACUCUAGUCAUUCUCAACACCUUCAUCAGAUUUCCAGUUCCAUGACAGGGUUAUCUUCUCAUGGACAACACCAUUCCUAUACUCCAUCAACUUCAUCAUCUGAGGCGUUUGUGACUACUUCUACGUCAUUAUCCUCAGCCCUGUCGUCUUCCAGUCAACGUCACCACUCUAUGCCACAUCCGACAACUUUGUCGCAUCAUCAUAACCAUCAACAUCCCCAUCACCAAACAGACGGGUUACGUCUCGACCAACUGCCCCACGAUAAUGAAUUCAAAGUGCCGUCCGGCAAAGAAGGUUCUCUUAAACAUCGCAUUCUAACGCGUCCGGUCAGUGAACGUGAAAUCAAACGAAGAUCUCCAACAACGAAAUCUACCACUAUUUUUAGACCAUUUGAAAAUGGCUCAACGACGAACUUCACCAAAGGUGCGUUGAUCCAACUGGCAGAUGAAUGCAAACGAGUGGAAGAUGUUCGAACGGAAGACUUAGUACAAACGGCUGAGAAGUCAGCUGAUCUACGAUUGGCCGAGUCGACAACAGUUAAAAUUACUCCGCGAAGCAACAAUGUGAUAAUCACGUUCAGCUACGACGACAACAGAUCUAGGAUCGACAUCGAAGCAGCUAAUGAGCAUCCCUUCUUCGUGUACGGACAAGGCUGGGCCUCGUGCAGUCCGGAGAAAUCUAUGCAAGAAUUUGGUCUCAAGUGCCAAAAAUUACAAGUCGGCGACAUUUGCCUCUCUCUAAUUCCACGCGAAAAGAAUAAAUCGAGUCAUUCCUCUUCAUCGUCGGGCUCAAUGUAUUUGGCGCCCCCCAACGGCCAGUAUUUACCAUCGACGCAGCAGCUACAUCAUCACGAUAUCAACGGUAAUCAAACAUCUUUGCACCACCAGUCUCCUUAUCAUUCAGCGGACUUACGAUUGGCUAGAGACAGAGGAGAUCCCAACAAUAGUCAACAAAAACCACAGCAAUGUCUACCUCAAAAUCUUUCGCGAAAAUCUUCUCAUCAGACGUUUCAAAUUCCAGUUUCUGUACCAACAACGAAUAUCUCUUCCAGUCCAUCCAGAGCUCCGUCGUAUAACAGUUAUCCGUCCGUGCCAGUUUUCUCGAUGCCAUUUUCCGCGGCCAAUUUGAGUAAGCCACAUGAAAUAACACCCGAUCUGCUAACCCAAAGCUCUCGAUCUGCAAACAAUCAGCUCAAUUUCUUUGAAUCUAGUGAUCACCCAGUUGCUAUGAUUAUGGAUAAAUCGAUCCACUCGUCAUCCUCUUCAACAUCUGGCGUUAGCGGUACCUCAUAUACAUCCUCGAGCUCGUUGACGUCUUCAACGUUUUCCGUAGUAAGUCCGAAAGUAGGAAGCUGUAGUACAUCGCUACCGCCACUGAAUUUGGCAAAUGAUCACGACGAGGAUGGCGCAAUUGAUGCAACAUUAUCGCGUAAGCGUCGUUGGUCCGCUCCAGACAUUUGUGACGAAAGUGAAGCUGAACAUUCAUCGAAUACUUCAGUUCAUCCGCCAUCACUAAAGGUCUCUCAUAUGAUAAAAUGAUAAACGUAAGUCCUCUUGCAUAUAUUUAUGUAUUGUCGAGAGCUCUACACUUAAAGUAGAAUGUGAUUCUGGGUUAAGUUCGUUGAGCAGAUGAAGAUUUCUACAAGGCUUUAAUAUGAAAUUCUUUUGAACCAAGUUUAUAAAUCUUUGGUGUAUAUAGUUUACCUGUAUUGUUUUACUGUAACCUUUUAAGUUGCAAUUUACAAUUUCAUCAAUAACAAAAAAUAUUUUGAUCGAUACGAUACUCAACGAAAACAGUUCUAGAACUGAUUUUAGUUUUUUUUGUAUCGAAAAUAAAAUUAAAAAUAUAUUUGAAAAGAAAUAGGAAUAUUCACAAAGACAGAUGUUUAUGUUAGUUGUUAUAUUGGAAACGUUCAAAUACAUCGCAAAAAAAAGUUUUUUUUUGUCGCUAGGGUGUAAAUUGUUCAAAAUACUCGUACUAUUUCGUUAUCAAAAUUGCUCAAGUUACAAACAUGAUGGUUGAUAAACAUGUAAAGAAUAGUUUAGACAACACAAGAUGCUAAAAAUGGAGCUCCUGAUAGUAUUACAGAGGAGAUAUUUCACAUCGCAAGCCUGUUUUGAUGCUAGCUGAGUCCUAAAAUUUUGCCUGGACAGUUGUUAGUUCUGAAAUUGAACUUUUAACCCAGCUCGAAUUUCGGUGUUCGCGUUGGCACAAAGGUGGAUGUUUAUAUCUUCUCCAAUAGUACUAUUGUAUACAUUAUUUCAAAAACCUAUUUUCGUCGGUAAUGUACGAGUAUUAAACAAUCUCCAAUUUAAUCCCAGAAUUGUUGAAAUGCUUAAAGAAAAAUUUCAGGUGCCACUUCCACUGCAUUGAUGGAUGUAAAUAUUUGUGAUUAUUAAAUAACUGAGAAAGAACAAAUGGCUCACUUAUUAUAAGACGAUAGAUGUUUUCUAAAAACAAAACAAGUGCGUUCAAGACGCGUUGAAAGCGUGAAAAACACAAAAAAUAUAUUAUCGAAAAUGCUAUUGAUGUGAUUGGGAAACUGAAAAGUAUUGAUUGGAAUCAAAUUUAAUUUGUUGUUGAUGCACAAAACAAUAAAUAACGCAGUGAACAAAUGUAUAUGUACAUCUAAACAAAUCUUCCUAGAUAAUUAGGUAAGUGGUAGGGUUAGAUACUCAUUUGAUUGUAUGCCAUGCUACAAAAUAGUUAGAUAUCAACUGGUACUGUUGUCACGUGUACACUAAAAGGUUUCAAAUGUCAUACCGUGCAAAACGAUUUUAGUUUUAUUUUUCAAAUCCAAACCCAAUACAUAAACCGAUGGUAUCUCAGAUCAAAAAUUUAAAAUUGCGGUGAAUUUAAUGUAAAUAUACCAAUUACGGUAAACGAUACUCCUACAAAAAAUAGUGCACAUUACAAAAACAAAUGAAGACAGGUGGUAAAGAUCUCGGGGCAUUUGAACUAAAGAAAAUACAAAUUUGAAUCGUAGAUGAUUAGCAGAAAUUCAUAUAUUUUGUCUCCAAGCUGAAAUGUCAAACACGUGCCUUUCGGAAAUAUUUUUUUCUCAAAGAGUGAACCGCUAGUACUUUGGUACAACGCAAACCAAAUGCCUUUUUAUAUUACUGAGAAAUUUGAAACGAUACAGUUGAAGUUGGAAAUUUAGCUCACAUACAGUUAUUUCAUAUUAACCACGAUUAGUAUUGCAGCAAAUGGAUUGUAGACAAAGCGCAUCAUGUAGCUGAAGAAUAGAAAACUGUGCCCAGCUUUUGACAGUGAGUAAUUGUUUUAGGGCGAUGUAGUGCACAAAUUUAAACAUGUAUAUAAAUUCAAACUACUGUUGUAAAUCAAUGUCAAUCAGGUUGAAAAAUAAACGAAUAAUAAUAUAACACUUA